CCGAAAAAGAAUUCGAACAACUCGUCAAAUCUCACAAAACAACAGCACUCUCUUUCUUCUUCUUCUUCUUCUCUCUCUGCUUUAAGAAACAUUUCGGUUUGUACCAGACCCGAAAUUUUGCCAAAUUUUGGAGUUUCGUAGUUGCAAAAUGUACGGACAGAGUGGAACUGAUGCGGAUAUCACACUCCUCGACUCGAUUCGGCGCCACUUGUUGGGCGAGACGGAUCUACGGAUGGGAAAUUCGAUGGCCAACUCGGUUACGGGUCCGAUUUUCUCCCGGAGCUCCAGCUUCAGCAGCCUGUACCCGUGCUUGACCGAAAACUGGGGCGAUUUGCCGCUCAAGGAGGACGAUUCCGAGGACAUGGUGCUCUACGGUGUUCUAAGGGACGCCGUCAACGUCGGGUGGGUCCCGUCGCUCGGGUCCGGGUCGGCUGAUACAUGUUCUUUAAACUUUUCGGUAAAAUCGGAACCGGAGGUUUGCGGGGGGGGGGAGGUGGAGGAAAAACAGCCGCCCCCGCUCCACCCGGCCGGCCGGGUCCCGCCCCCUCCCAAAGCCGGUCCCGCUGUGGUUCCCGCCAAAGGGAAGCAUUACAGGGGCGUACGGCAACGGCCGUGGGGCAAGUUCGCCGCCGAAAUUCGGGACCCGGCAAAGAAUGGCGCGAGGGUUUGGCUGGGAACUUUUGAAACGGCUGAGGACGCGGCUUUGGCUUACGACAGAGCCGCUUAUAGAAUGCGCGGCUCCAGAGCUUUGUUGAAUUUCCCGCUCCGGGUUAACUCGGGCGAGCCUGAU